CGCGCUUCAUUUCAUCUCUAUUUCACAACUUUUUCUUCUCUCUCUUUUCCUCAAUCUUUCUUCCUUGGUUUCCCAAAGAAAACAAGAGAACAUGGCAGGAGAGCCUUUUCUUACGUUUGCCGUGGAGGUGACUUUGACAAGGGUCAUUUCCAUAGCUUCUGAAGGGAUCAGACUUGCUUGGGGACUGGAGGGACAGCUGCAAAAGCUCGAAGAGUCCGUGACCAUAAUCAAAGCUCUUAAAGAUGCAGCCAGAAGGCCCGUAACAGACGAGUCUGCGAAGCUUUUGCUGGAGAAGCUACAAGGUGUAGCUUACGUUGCUGAAGAUGUUCUAGACAAGUUUGCUUAUGAGAUUCUCCGAAAAGACCAAAAGAAGGGAAAGCUACGUGACUUCUUUUCACUGCACAACCCUGUUGCAUUCCGUCUGAAUAUGGGUCUAAAAGUUAAGGAGAUCAAUAGAGCACUGGAUGAAAUUCGAAAAGAUGCAGCUUUAGUUCAGUCGACAUCUCAACCUGUAGAUAGAGCUCAAGAAGUUAGCUGGGACCAACAUCAAGGGACACAUUCGUUCCUUGAUAGCUCAGAAAUUGUAGGAAGGGAGGAUGAUGUUUCUAUAGUUAUGGAUAUGCUGACUAGCUUGACCAAACACCAACAUGUCCUAUCGGUUGUCCCUAUAGUGGGGAUGGCUGGCCUUGGAAAGACUACUGUAGCAAAAAAGGUUUGUGAAGUAGUGAGGGAGGGAAAACAAUUUGAUGAGACUCUAUGGGUUUGCGUUUCUAAUGGUUUUGAUAAUGGAAAGAUUUUAGGAGCAAUGUUGCAAGUGAUUGACAAAGCUACGGGUGGGUUGGACAGUCUUGAUGCAAUUCUUAAAAACCUCAAGAAAAAGCUGGAAAACAAGACCUUUUUUCUUGUUCUUGAUGAUGUGUGGAAUGAAGACCCUGAGAAGUGGGAUGAGUUGAAGGACCAACUGUUAAAAAUUAACAGCAAGAAUGGGAAUGCCGUUGUUGUUACAACCCGCAGUAAAAAAGUAGCAGACAUGAUGGAGUCUUCUCGUGGGAUUCAGCACGAGCCAGGGAGACUUUCAGAUGAUCACUGUUGGUCCAUUAUCAAGCAAAAGGUGAUCAGGGGUGGAGGAGAAACAAUAACUUCAGACUUGGAGUCUAUUGGAAAAGAGAUUGCAAAGAAAUGUGGAGGGAUUCCAUUGCUUGCUAAAGUUUUGGGAGGAACACUGCGCCAAAAGGAGACGCAGGAAUGGAAGUCAAUUCUAAACAGUAGAAUUUGGGAUUCUCCGGAUGGAGAUAAGGCUAUGCGCGUAUUGAGAUUAAGUUUUGAUUACCUGUCAUCGCCAACACUGAAAAAAUGUUUUGCAUACUGUUCCAUUUUCCCUAAAGAUUUUGAAAUUGAAAGGGAAGAGCUAAUUCAACUUUGGAUGGCUGAAGGUUUUCUCAGGCCAUCAAAUGGGAGGAUGGAAGACGAAGGCAACAAGUGUUUCAAUGACUUGCUUGCAAAUUCCUUUUUCCAGGAUGUUGAAAGGAAUGAGUGUGAGAUCGUAACAAGUUGCAAGAUGCAUGAUCUUGUGCAUGAUCUUGCAUCGCAAGUCUCAAAAUCAGAAGUGUUAAAUCUGGAGGAGGAUUCGUCCGUUGAUGGUGCAUCUCAUAUUCGUCAUCUAAAUCUCAAAUCCUGUGGGGAUGUUAAGGUAGCAUUAACAACGGUUGAUGCUGGAAAAUUACGAACUGUUUUCUCAAUGGUUGAUGUAUUUAAUCGGUCUUGGAAAUUCAAAAGCUUGAGAACUCUCAAAUUGCAGGAGUCUGAUAUCACAGAGUUACCAGAUUCAAUUUGCAAGCUGAGACAUUUGAGAUAUCUUGAUGUCUCGGAUACUGCUAUCAGAGCAUUGCCGGAAUCCAUCACCAAGCUGUACCAUUUGGAAACAUUAAGAUUCACUGAUUGCGAGUCACUAGAAAAGCUUCCCAAGAAGAUGAGGAAUUUGGUGAGCUUGAGACAUCUGCAUUUUGAUGAUCCAAAGCUAGUGCCAGCUGAGGUGAGACUCUUAAUACGCCUUCAAACUCUGCCUUUAUUUGCUGUGGGUCCAGAUCAUAUGGUUGAAGAGCUGGGAUGUUUGAAUGAACUGAGAGGAGAAUUGCAGAUAAGCAAGCUUGAGCAAGUGAGAGACAAAGAAGAAGCUGAGAAGGCAAAACUGCGUGAAAAAAGAAUGCACAAAUUGGUGUUUGAAUGGAGUGAUGAUGAAGGUAACAGCAGUGUCAAUAGCGAGGAUGUGCUGGAAGGCCUGCAGCCUCACCCAGACAUAAGAAGCUUGACAAUUGAGGGUUAUGGAGGUGAAAAUUUCUCAUCAUGGAUAUUGCAACUCAAUAAUCUGAUGGUGCUGAGAUUGAAUGGCUGCAGCAAGUUGAGGCAACUCCCAACACUUGGAUGUCUUCCUCGCCUUAAGAUUCUAGAGAUGAGUGGAAUGCCUAAUGUGAAAUGUAUAGGCAAUGAGUUCUAUAGCAGCGGUGACAGCGCAGCAGUACUGUUUCCAGCACUGAAAAAACUCGCUCUAUCCAGGAUGGAUGGUCUUGAAGAAUGGAUGGUACCAGGUGGGGAAAGUUUUCAAGUAUUUCCUUGUCUUGAACAGUUGAGAAUUUGGAGAUGUGGAAAGUUGGAAAGCAUUGAGAUAUGUGGUCUUCCAUCUCUUGUACAAUUUGACGUUGGAUUAUGUGAUGAACUGAGAUAUUUGUCUGGUGAAUUUCAUGGCUUCACGUCUCUUCAAAAUUUAGAGAUACGGGGUUGUUCAAAGCUGGCAUCCAUUCCAAGCGUACAGCACUGCACAGCUCUGGUGAAAUUGGGUAUAUAUGACUGCCCUGAGUUGAUGUCAAUUCCUGGUGAUUUUCAAGAAUUGAAAUAUUCUUUGAAGGAAUUGUUUAUUGAGGGAUGUAAAUUGGGAGCUCUUCCAAGCGGACUACAAUGUUGCGCAUCUUUAGAGGAAUUGUGGAUAUGGGAUUGGAGUGAGCUUAUCCAUAUCAGUGAUUUGCAAGAAUUGUCUUCUCUUCGAAGAUUAACCAUUCAAUCAUGUGAUAAGCUCAUCAGUAUUGAUUGGCAUGGUUUACGAAAAUUGCCUUCUCUUGGUCAUUUAGCAAUCACUGGGUGUCGGAGUUUGAGUGAUUUCCCAGAGGAUGAUUGCUUAGGCGGCCUCACCCAACUGGAGGAAUUGAGCAUCGGUGGUUUCUCAGAGGAGAUACUCUCAUUCAGAUGGCAGAAAUAUACAAUCAGAAUGGGGAUUUGGAAAACCUCGAAGACACUGCAAACACAAUUCCUUACAGAAUGCACUCUGGUUUUUGCAGAAUGA